AUGCCGCCGUGUGAUCGGCUUUAUCAUCUCACUGGUCCCAAGAAUCACAUCCGGGCUGUCCUUCAAAUGCUCCUGCAGAACCAUCUGUAUGUCAAAGCCGAAAAGUGUGAGUUCCACGUUACCACUAUCUCCUUCCUGGGAUUCAUACUAUCAGCCAGUAGCAUACAGAUGGAUCCUGCCUGCCUCCAGGCGGAGAAGGACUGGCCAUGUCCUGAAUUCCGCAAGCAAAUGCAAAGCUUCCUGAGCAUUGCCAACUUCUACCGGAGGUUCAUCAGGGGGUACAGUUCUGUUGCCACACCCCUUCAUCAGCUCACCUCCUCUCUACGCAUGUUCAUCCUGGUCACCAGAGGCAGAGCAGGCCUUUCAGUAGUUAAAGGACCUCUUCACUUCGGCUCCUGUCCUGUCCUGACCUUCCCGUCUCUUUAG